AUGGCGCUGGCGGCGGCGGCGUGGCCGUGCCUGGGCGGGGGCUCGCCGGCGUGGAUUGACGUGCCGGAGCGGAGCAAGAGCGCGUUCUUGGAGCUCAAGAGGAGGAAGGUGCACCGCUACGUGAUAUUCAAGAUCGACGACAGGAGCGAGGAGGUCGUCGUCGAGAAGACAGGCGCGCCCGGGGAGAGCUACGACGACUUCACGGCCUCGCUCCCCGCCGACGACUGCCGCUACGCCGUAUACGACCUGGAUUUCGUCAGCGACGACAACUGCCGCAAGAGCAAGAUCUUCUUCAUCUCCUGGUCUCCUGAUGAUUCCCGCAUCCGUUCCAAGACCAUAUAUGCUGUGUCGAGGAACCAAUUCCGCCACGAGCUCGACGGGGUGCACUUUGAGAUCCAGGCAACCGACCCUGACGACAUGGACUUGGAUGUUCUCCGGGGCCGUGCUAAUAGAACCUGAUAGCUAGGUUAACUCUGCUAGCUUGCUGAUACACACCAGUAGCUCAAGAUGCCUAGCGCGCUACUGAAACGCAGCUCGGGUGCACUGGCAUGGUGGUGUAUAACCCGGCUACUGAUGACACCUGAGCACGUGGUGCUCCUUUUUGCAGGAGUUAGCAUCUAGGAGAUAUUAAUCCAACUAGAUAAGUUCCCUAUAAUAUGAUGUGGAAACUUCUCCCUUUAUAAUAUCUAAUUCACAUGUACUAUCUUUAUGCUGCCAAAGCAGGAAUUUUGUUGAGCUUAAACUGGUUCGCUAAUAGUUUAUGUAUUUUGCUACUGAAUCCUGCCCGGUCAAUCAAGAGCCUUAAUUUGUUACU